UCAGUAUUCUAUUAUGAAUGAAUAAGAGAAUGUAGGGCCUUAAAAUAUGAGUGCUAUUUCGACCAAUCUACUAAUUACAUGUCUGUACAAUACUUGUCUUUAUUCUCUGGCCUAUAAACUCGGAAAUAUUUCUAAGGGGAAUUACAUGCUAUGUUUUUUUCCUAUAGAUAGUUCUGGACAAACUUAAUUCCAUUAGAACAAAAGAUUUCCAACUGUCCUGGAUUAUUGGAACACUGAUCUUCUCUACCUUCUCAUAAACUUAUCUGAUAUUUACUCCAUGUGUGAAUAAUUCAAUUUGUGUAAAACAUUGAUAUGUUCAUAUCAUAAUUGUCUGAAUAAAAGGUACCACAUUUCUUAUCGUGGUAAUUAAAAAAACAGAAAACUUUAGAUCAAAUGUCUUUAUCGCACACCAUGAAAAAGGAUUUAUGGUGUUUCUUUCUUAUAUUCAUAAUUUACGUUAUCUACGGUUUUAAAUGCGCUUUGUGCGAAAUUGUCAGUAAUUCCAGUAGUAGUGGGAAGAUAGUCGAUCGACAAAUUAUGUGGAUAUCAAUCGGAUUCGGUGUUUUAAUUGCUAUUCUUAUCAUAAUUAUAUGUUGCCUACUUGUUCUAGUGUGCAAUCUUAGGUCAACAAAUGUUGAUUCGGAAUCAGAUACUUUUGAAAAGCCUGUUGUUAACCGGAACAACUGUUUUGUUGGUGAUCGUGUCCUGGCUACGUCUGCUCAACGUUAUCACUUUACUCAUCAGAAACAACAAAUGUUAGCUGAAUCAAAGUUUUCAGAUGUUCUUGAAAGAGGUAAUAGCCCUCCCAAAAUGUUGUAUCCCGAUUUAAAACUGAUCGGAAAAUUGGAAAUUGAGAAUCCAGGAUUCAUAGGUCCAUCAAGCAGUAAUAAUGGCGACAACAAUGAAAAAGCAAAAAGCUAAUCUAUGUUACAAUGCUUUUGUGGAUUUCCAAUGCUAGAUACGAUACGAUAUGGAUCUACUGAGCUGAAAAUUUUGAACCUGCAUUCGCCUUGUCGUCCUUCUAGCCAAACUGCUUAGAUUGGUUAGAGCUUAUCCCGGUUCAUGUAAUUUUUGCCUCAUUUUCUGUUAUAUUAAUGUAAUUAGGCUGAUACUUACAUUAGAGAAUGUGUUCUUGUAAUGAUGUUUACUGUUUCUGGUCUUAUUCUGAUGCAUGAAUUGCUCUGGUUUUUUGUAUGUAGUUCUCGGAUUAUUUUUACAGCUACUAUAAACAUGAUGAUUUUGAUGA